GGUGCAAGCGAGACGACCGUAUGUGUGCGUGCGGUGCCCCAAUGAAAUUAUCCAAAACAACGGCACCACGGGUUGUACGUAUGUGAACUAUCUGUCGAUCGAAUAGAACGCAGUGAAAUUCCAACUGGUAAAGACGUGUUUUUUUUGUUUCAUUUCGAUCUUCGUCGUCGGUUCGUGAAGUGAUUGCUACAUCCCGUGUUCUUUCAAUUCUAUCACUUCUAUUUUCGUUCGUAUGUGUUCGUGUUCAUUUUUUUUUUAUUCGAUUUGUUCACGUAUAAUAAUUUUUUGUCGUCGGUCGCUGGCUAAGCUUCUUAACCAAUAACGCGUAAAUGUGUGUGUGUAUAUUUUAAUGUGAGUUUAGAAUUCUACAAACAAACAAAAAAAUCUGAAACGAUUUCAUGGUGUGUGAAUUUCAUAAUAUUGUAAUUUUUCAUUCUGGUUCGGCACAGUUGAAAACGAUACAAAGUGCGGUGGAGAUACCGAUUACUAUCAUAGAAGCCAAUGCUUUGUCACAUCGAUGCAAAGAAAUUGAUGCCAACAAUUUUGUCAUCGCAUCAUUUAUUGGAGAAUGUGCCAUUCGAUGGAUAAGUGGUUGAACUAAAAUCGUGUGUGUGUGUGUGCGAAAUACGAAAAAAGAAAACAACGCCAGGUCAACGGAAAUAAAAGUGAAUUUUAAUGGUGUAUACAAAAGGCAAAACGUAGCUGUAGAUUAAAUUAGGAUAAGAUGGCCAUCACAACAACGAUUAUCCAGAGGAUAAUCGUUCCGGUUAUUUUCGCCUUGUGUAUUUUGGUUCGGCCAGUAGCAUUAUCAAUCCCAUAUCUCAUACUAUUGUUUUACAUACCAUUCGUACCUGUUGCGACGACGAAAACAAUUCGCGGUCACACGGGCUACUUUUUCAAAGCAGCGAUUGCCCUUAGCACCAUUACCGUUUUAUUACAAAUUUCAUUUCAAAUCGUAUUGGUAUCGAAAGGUAGUGAUUUUUUGCAAUCAUGCGAAUUUUUGGAAAUUCUCUUUCGCCACAUCGGCAUGAUUAGUUUGCAUGACGUAACAUUGAUAUCGGUUACGUUAUGGCUCUUGCCGGAUAUUAUGAUGUUCUUUACGAGCAUCGUUGCUUUUGUGGCGCUGAAAAAGUUGACGGCACCUGUUGUCAACGAAGACAUCGAAGAGAGCGGCGGAAGCAGCAGCCCGAAUGCAGAAUCUGAACCAGUUGCAGAGGAAGAUGAAGGCGGUUAUUCGCCGGAGCAAUAUGCUUUCUUGAAACGAGCAGCAAUCUUUUGUUCGAUGGCAAUGCUCUUGUUCGCUGCAACUCUUCAACCAUCCGUUCCGAGUGCGGUGUAUUUCAUAGUUUUCUUGCUGACAGCUACCAUUUGGGCAACUUACAAGGAAAUCGAUCGGGGAUUUGCUAUAAUCUGUCGACUGCUUGCUGCGCUACUUAUUCUUCAUAUAAGUGCACUAUUGGUCUACCAAACUCCUUGGCCGCAAGAGUAUCUCGACGUUAAUAAUACGGUUAUUCGUCUCCUCGGCUUCAGUCCGCUGAUAGUGUCAUCGUGUAAUUCAACGUCUGGUGAUAUUCGUGUGAUUUACUUGAAUCAAACGCUUGACGUGGACGCAUUUUUGAAUCCAGUUGCACUACUCCUGUGUUACUAUGCGCUGGUGAUAUCGUCUGGUUUCAUUUUGGACGCUAAGUUGAUGCGUCGCAGCAUGAAACGGUUGAAAACGUUUAAACAUCGUCCUAACGAAGGAACAUCGAAUGAUCCCAAUGUCAUUCCACUCGAGGCAAUUGGCGAACAAACAAACAAUAAAGACGAUGGUAUUGUAUCCGCAGAAGAAGAAGCACAACCGACGAUUAGUGAACACAUUUCGUUCGCAAUCGGACACUUGACUACUGUGAUUUGCAAGCACAGCUACAUCAUUUCGAAUAUUAUGAUGAUGGUAUGGAGUAUCGUAUACCACAGUUGGUUGACAUUUGUCUUCCUUUUGGUAGCUAAUUUACUCUGGAUUAUUCCAAAUCAACGCAAAAAUAUGCACCGAAUCAGUCCAUUUGUAGUUAUCUACGCUGAAUUCUUACUCAUAACGCAGUAUUUGUACUGUAUGAAUCUGACAGAGGAGGAACUUCCAUCGCAUGUCGACACAAAAGGCAUCAAUUUGGAACAAAUCGGAUUUAUUCGAUACCGAUCAUACCCGUGUGUUCCUCUGCUCCUAAAAACAUUAUUCACUGUGACAUUUUGGUUGACACUACGCCAAAUGAAAUACGAAGACACGUUACAACGUCAAUCGUCGACGUUGGCACAUUUAGCCGCACCGUUCCAUGUGACCGUUUCAGCAGCCACAACGGAUCUUGGACCCAAACCAGAAACGAAGAAAUCCAAACUGAUGUUGCGCGCUGGUAAAAUGUUCAAAUCCAUUUUGAUGCAAAUGUGGAUUUGGAUUGUGGUUUUUGCGCUAUUUUUCUUCGCCAUUUACGGCCGUGAAAUGACUGUGUUCCGUAUCGUUUAUAUGGCACUGUUUUUGAUAUUCAUGGUUACAUUUCAGUUGUCUUGGCGAGUGUGGAAGAAAAUGAUGUAUACAUUUUGGGUGAUUGUCAUCGGUUUUUCAAUGUUGUCUCUGACUAUGAUUUAUACGUAUCAAUUUGAUCGAUUCGAUGAAUUCUGGUACGAAUAUGUUGGCAUUGAUAAGGUCUUGCAACGUGAUAUCGGUUUGGUUAAAUAUGAGACAAAGGCCUUGUUUUUGCGUUUAUUCUAUCCAACAUUGUUGGUUGUCAUCACGGUUGUUCAGCUGCAAAUGUUCCAUAAAAAAUAUUUGGAGCGUUUGGAAUUACCGUCACUUGCGACUCGCCGAGAGAGCAGCACAUCAGGCAUUCAACCAUCGUCAAGUGUUAACUAUGGCAGCUUAGAACCUGACUCACCCUCAGAAGAACAUCAGAAAACCAAGAGCCAUUACACCCGUAUCAAUGUAUCUGAUUUGAAAAAUUUGACCACAAAACAGGCAAUUAAACGAGUCGUUGUGUUUUACAAUCGCACGAAAUGGUUCUUUGACCUCUUUUGGCUGUUCAUGGAAUUGCAUUUCAUCAAAGUUAUUCUGUUGUUGGCAUUUUUACUCGGUAUCAACGAGGUUUCGGCUAUUCACAUUGCUAUCAUUACAUUGACCGUGAUUGCUGUUACGUCGAGAACAAACACACAAACCAUUUACAGUGGAUUCAUAUCACUCACCAUUGCCUCACUGUUCAUCCUGAAAAUGAUUUAUCAAAUCGAAUACAUUCCACAAAAUGCUUACGAUGUCAAUUGCACGAAUGCAAACUCCACAAAUGAUAAUUCGACGACCAUUAAUUCGACUGAUGGCAAUUCGACUGUUAGCAAUUCGACUGUUAGCAAUUCGACAGCCGGCAAUACAACGAUCGUUGUAAAUGAUCCAAACAACAAUACGGCCAAUUGGGUUGGAUUCAACAAAUUGGUCGCAGGGCAAACGUUGAUGCAACUUCUCAGUGGCUAUAUCGUUUAUAUUGUGGCGUUGACAGCAUACAACUUGAUUUUACUUUAUCAACAACGAAAGAGAUUCUUGAGCGGACGGUCAAUUGCAAGACCAAAGGUGCUAUUUCCACGAAUUACACGCAGCGAUGCAGACAAAGACAUCUCGCAUUUGGUUAAAUACCUUCUGAAUUUUGCAUUCUACAAAUUUGGCGUGGAAGUGACACUCUUGAUGUUGGCAAUUUUGAUCAGUGCUCGAAUGGACGUAGUUGCCGUUUUGUAUGCCAUCUGGCUAUGCUUGCUCUUUGGCGUAUCGCGUGAAAUGAAGCAUCGUAUUUGGCCGAUAUUCCAAUCGUUCAUUGUCAUUCUUAUUGUCAUACAGUAUAUAUUCGCCGUUAAUAUGCCACCAUUCUUGUGCAUUGAUUACCCUUGGAAAGACGCAACAAUGAAACGCCUUCAAGAAUUGAUGUGGUUGCCGGAUCCAACACUACGUAAUCAUUCGCAUAAGCUUUUGCUCGAUUUCUUAUUGCUAAUGUGCACGUGUCGACAAAUGCUCGUUUUCCGUAUUGAGAAGCAAUAUGAAAACAGUGAAUUCAUGGGCGGAAGCAAUAAAUCAGUUAUCGAUGAGAUCAAUAAGCUUGGCUCCGGCGAAGUCCCAAUCGAAACGGAUGAUUUUGUCUCAAUCCAAAAGAAUUGGCUGGAUAUUCUGAAAUGCAUCGUAUUUUUGGGCUGUUUCUGGGUAACAUUGGCCAUUGUCUUUUUAGCUGGUUCAAGUCAUCCGAACAUUUAUUCGAUUGGCUAUUUGGUGGGAUCGUUCAUUUUCUUGUGGCAAGGUGGCGAAUUCUAUCUUCGUCCAAUUCACACCAUUUUACGUUGGUGGAAACUCUUGGUUGCAUACAAUGUGUUGGUGAUCGCGACGAAAGCCUUUCUUCAUCUGCCAGUUUGCAUUUUUAUCGACUAUCUCGAAAAGGAAUGGACCGGCAUUUGCUUUUUCCAAAAAACAUUUGGCAUCAAUUGUCAGAGGGCAAUUACGAGGAGCCAAUUCGAUCUCACAUCUGGAAAGGAUUGCGAAAAUCUGGACGACUCCAGUUUGAGAUGGGAUUUCGUCUGUUUUAUGUUCUUGAUUUUCCAAUUUCGCAUUUUCCAAAGCUAUUACUUCUGUCAUAUUAUCAAUGAGAGCAAAGCCAGCACGAUUUUGGCAUCGAGAGGAGCUGAGUUGAUCGAGAGCCUUCGUAAGAAGCAGGUUAAAAUCCAGGCUCAACGUGAAGAGGAAAUUCUGCAGAAGAUCAAACAGAAGAUGGAUCGAAUCAAGGCAAAUCAGCAGAAAUUGCAACCGGCUUUAACUACACCAAAGACACAUUAUCAAGAUGAAACAGAUGGAAGAAGAAAAAAACGAUCUUUCAUUACUCAUCCGCGGGCGGUUCGCUCUGGUGACUACUAUCUGUUUGAGGACUUGGAUGAGAAAGUGGAAUUGGAUCUAUUGCACCAGCGUCCGUCGGCUGGAAUUGACGAUGCAAUAACCGAUCGGAAAUUGAGUGAUAAAAUGACCAUUGAGCAGGUGUUGACAAAAUCCUUCCAAACGCCACCAUCAAACCGACAUAAACGACAAUCAGAAACUUCUGGUGACGAAGAAACGGAUCAUCAUGCCACAUCAUUGCCAGUGCAACGUGUCACAACGUCGGAACAUACGGCCGCCGAGGCUAAAUCCACUAUUUCAGAGCCGAUCCAAGUGACUGGCAAGAAAUCCGCUGGUUCUGAACUCGCAAGUGCCACUCACAAAGAUGAAUUCAUUCAACCAGACGGCGAACAACCAAGUACAAGCCGCAGUCUGGACGAUGAUGAUGAUGAUGAUGAUGAUGAACCGGAUGAUUUAUCGGAACCAUUGUCAUCGACGGGAACAGAAAGACCAGUGUCAUCCGCAUUUGCUUUCAUCAAGGCUUUCAUUUCCGGUAUUUUGGUAUCGAUGACAUUACGUUUGUACAAGCUGUCGCGAAACUAUCGAUAUGUGACACGUGUUUUGUCAAAGGAAAAGAAAGCAUUGAAACAGGAGAAAGAUUUUGGUCAAGGUCAUCGCAUUGGAACCGGUCGCGUUUGGGCACCACUUCCAUCGGUUCUUCGCACCCAAGGUCAAUCGACGGCGAGCAAAUCAAAUAUCACAUCAAGUCAAAGUACGCUAUCGUAUCAUUCCACACAACAAAGCGGAAACGACAGCGAAGAGUAUAUCAGUGAUAACGGUAACGAUGAAUCCACACCGGAGAAAGGGGCAACGAUCGCACAUCUGUUGAAACCACAACUUUUCCCAACCAAAGAGCAACUGCAACCGGCUGACGAUACUAUUAUGUAUAGGCGACGAACAAGUGUUAUACCCGAAAUAAGAGUCUUAGCACCAUCACUGGAGCGAGGACUAGAUGAUACAUGGCCGGAAUAUUCGGUUCCAAAUUCGCCAUCAUUGGCGGAUCCAUCGUCAGUUCAAAAUACGCUAUCGAUGCUUCGAUCGAACUCACCACAAAUUUAUCAAAGUCAUACCGAUAUAAGUGAUAGCGAACUGAGCAGCUUGAAGGACAUUUCAGAGGGUGACGAAAUGGACUUUUACUCCCAGCGACACUCAAUUCUAACCGAAUUCUUUCAAUCCCUCUGGUUCGCACUCAUUUCGAACACGGAUUUGAUUUGCUAUUUGCUCGUGUAUAUUAACAUGGUCCACUCACACAGCAUUUUGGCCUUGCCAAUGCCUUUGAUGGUGUUCUUAUGGGGAACAUUGACCGUACCACGACCAUCUAAAACAUUUUGGAUUACAUUGAUUGCGUACACACAGGUUGUCGUCUUGAUAAAAUGCAUCGCACCAUUGUUCUUGUGGCUGGACAGCAAUCCGAUUACAAUCCCAGAAAAUAACCCAAUGGCACCACCUCGAAUUAUUGGCGUUGAAGUAAAACCAAACUAUGCCACCUACGAUCUCAUUUUGCUGCUUGUUGUCUUUUUCCAUCGAUUCAUACAAAAGCAAAUGGGCAUUUGGAAAACGGGAUAUUCAGAUGAUGAAUAUGCGGUUCAAACGAUUGAUCCGAAUACUAUAAAAACGGCUAUUGUAAAUGAGAGAGAGGCUAGUGCUUCUAAUCAAAAUGUUGCUGUUCCAAAACCAGUGAUUGACGAAAACGGAGAGCGCGAUAAAUUGGUGCAGUUCGAGAAAACGCCUGAGGAAAUCAAUGAUGCGCAUAAUUACUUUUCAAAUGUGUCAGCUAUUUCGAAAACCAAGUAUUGUUCGCCGUUCACCAAUUUCUUCCGAAAACUAUUGAAAAUGACGAAUCGUGUCUCGGCCGAUGUAUACACGUACAUCUUCCUUUGCGAUUUCAUCAACUUCUUCGUACUGCUCUUUGGGUUCACGGCUUUCGGAAGUAGUCAAGGUGAUGGUGGUGUUGCAUCUUAUCUACAAGAGAACAAAAUUCCAAUCGCUUUCCUCAUUAUGUUGCUGCUUCAAUUUGUGUUCAUAAUCGUGGAUCGUGCUCUGUAUCUGCGUAAAAACUUACUCGGCAAGAUAAUAUUCCAAUUUGUGUCCGUGGUUGGAAUGCACAUUUGGCUAUUUUUCCUCGUGCCAAAGUUCAGCGAACGGAGCUUCAAUGCCAAAUACCCACCGAUUAUCUACUAUGGAUUCAAGUAUCUGUAUUUCUUACUAUCAGCAUACCAAAUUCGAUGCGGCUAUCCGCGGCGCAUUCUUGGCAAUUGCCUAACCAAAGGUUUUACUAUGUUCAAUUUGUUUGCUUUUAAAUUUUACAUGAUGACACCAUUCCUGUUUGAAUUGCGAACUCUAAUGGAUUGGAUAUGGACGGAUUCAACAAUGCCAUUGUUCGAAUGGUUGAAAAUGGAAGAUAUCUUUGCGAAUAUUUUCGAAUUGAAAUGUUCACGGCAAAUGGAAAAGGAUUUCCCGGCACCACGUGGUGAAUCCAAAGGCUCGUUUGUCAAGUAUCUCAUGGGCGGUGGAUUUUUGAUAGCAAUAAUCGGUUUAGUGUGGGGACCGUUGGCUUUAUUUGCGCUGGGCAACACAGUUGGUGAGCCGAAUAUUCCAUACGAAGUGCGUGUUUCACUUCGAGUCGGUCCAUACGAACCAGUUUACAGUAUGAGUGCACAGUCUAGUCAGAUUUAUCCUUUCAACGAGCAAAAUUACACGGCAUUCAGUAAGGCUUAUGCAAAAGAUCGUGCAGCCCAAACGUUCUUACAAAACUAUGAAGCAGGUGAUGUCAGUGCGGUCGUUCUUGGUCCAAAUUCAACAUCUCUUUGGAUCAUCUCGCCACCCGAUUUUGAGCGAUUGAAAGAAGACUUGCGGAAAAAUAUCACACUGAAAGUGCAAUACAAAUAUGUGGUAUCGCGUGUGACAAAUACCGAAAAAAUUCCAGGCACGGUACAAAACGAACGAUCAUUCGAUUUGAAAGACGAUACACCUGCACGGCAAGCACUUCUCGACAUGUUGGACAAUAUUGGCGAUCAUAAACCAACGCAAUUGCCACAUUUGUUCCCUAAAUUUUUGAAGGUGAAAAAUUCGAUUGAUUUAAAACCAGCGACACAACUCAUUCCGAAUCCAAAUAAUGAGCCGGAUGAUGUAUACUUCCGAAAUUUGACGCUUCUUCUGCACAAAGGAACGGAAAUCGAUGAAAAGUGGUGGGAAGUGCUCGAAGAAUGUAACGAUGAAUUCUAUGAGAAAACAUUGUCCUUCCUACCGUAUGCAGAUUGUACAUCAAGUUCGGUUUUGUACACGUUCAGCGAUAAAUUGUUCCCAUCUGGUUUGAGCUGGCUCACGGCUGGAGGUGUCAUCGGUAUCUAUACUACCUUUGUAUUCGUUGCAUCUCGAUUCUUCCGUGGUCUAUUCUCUGGUUCAAGCUUUAACAUCAUGUAUUCCGAGUUGCCAUUUGUUGAUCGUAUACUGCAGUUGUGUUUGGAUAUUUAUUUGGUGCGUGAAUCGCUCGAGUUCUCGCUGGAAGAAGACCUGUUUGCCAAAUUAAUAUUCCUAUAUCGCUCUCCGGAGGUGAUGAUACGAUGGACGCGACCGGCCGAAGAGCAAUCAUCCGACGAAGAUGAAGCGGAAAGUGAUAUAGACGAAACAGAAGCGGAAAAAGCUCUUCGCAAAGCACCAUCUCGUGCAAUGUAUAAGUCAUAAGUUUAAAGCAAAUAAAAACUAAACAAAACGAAUUGUAAGACAUACAUGUCGAUCGCUCUCAAAAUGGAUCAUUUUGGUUUCAUUUUAAUUUUGCAUUCAAUGCAGUGUCAUUUUCACAUCACACACACACCACACUUGAAUUUAUCACUGGAACUCUCUGUUCACCAUUCUUUUCAUUUAGAAUAUUUUGAUAUUAUUUAAUUAAUCACAUAGAUUUAAUAGUCUAAUCGUAAACAUAAUCAGAUUUAUAUAUUUCGCAAAUUUUGUGUGAAAGUCUAGUAAUUUAAAAUGGAAUAAUACGAGUAUACAGUGUAUGUUUUUAAUAAAAAUUCAAACAUUGAAUAUAAUUUAUUGCAUAAUGAAAUGGAAUACAAUCGCUAAAAAUUUGGCGAUCGAAACUAGGUUCUACACAUUUUUAAGAGUAAGUUUAACAGACCGAUUGAAGAAGUAUAUUUUCAAGUCAAGAUAUUCAUCACAGCAAUUAGGUCUUUAUAAAAAAAUGCACUAUUUUUCUAUGUAGAGACGGACUUUCAGAACCGUUUCAUUGUAAUUUGAACGAGCUAUUUGUACGCCAACGGAGGUUUAAUUGAAAUUUAUUUAAAGCAUUAUCAAAGAGCAUCUAUUUGUGACUAUUUGUGAGAAUAAGAGUGUAGAUUGAUUUAUAGAAAGAUUGAAUAAAAAAACUGAAAUAUGCACUAAAAA